AUGGACAUUCUUCAACUCGCGUGGGCGAUCGCGUUACCGAGCGAUGCCCCAUCGGUCCCUCGCUCGCUGGCGUCCACGGGCGCGGCGCGGCGACGGACGUGCGCCAUGGCGCUGCGACGACUCGCGAAACUCCUCGUCGGCGUCGCGCGCGCGCGCGAGCGCGAGGCGAUCGUGAACGACGCCGCGUUCGGACGCGUCGUCGAAGGCGCGUUGUGCGACGCGGAUGAGGAAUCGUGUGUCGACGACGACGCCCGGGCGACGGCGUUGGAAGAGACCGCGCGCGCGUUGGGAUCGUUAGCGCCGUUCGAGCUCACGGCGAACGCGCGGGGGUACUUGGAGCGGGCGUCGAGGACGACGCCGAUGCCGGCGAAGUGCGCGAGCGUCGUCUCCUGGGCGCUCGCGCGGUGCGGGUUGGAGACGCCGAGCGAGGUGGAGAAUGCGCUGCGGGGGACGCCGUUUCGGUUUUGUCCGAAGAUGAGCGCUGGGUUGAUCGAUCUGGAUGAACUUCGGCGCGAGGUGGGGUUUCGUCGAGAGAAGUUGACGACUCGAGACGGUCGUCGAGUGGACGAGCGACGGGAGACGUGUUGGAUGGGCGAGGCGCACGUCGGGUCGUACGCGUACUCGGGUAAAAUAAUGGAACCCGUCCCGAUGGUACCGUGCGUCGCGCGCGUGCGGGACGCGCUCGAGGCGAAGAUGGGCGAGCGGUUCGAUUGUUGUCUCAUCAAUUUAUAUCCAAACGAAACCGCGGCGUGCGCGUGGCACACCGAUCCGCUCAUGGGGACGCGUUACGCGACGGAUAGCGUCAUCGUGAGCAUCGGCGAGACGCGACGGUUCAGUUUCCGACCGAUCGGAUCGACCGAUGCCGAGGCGCACUGGGUUCGAGCUAUCGAUGGCGAUUGCAUUUGGAUGUUUGCGAAUUGUCAAGACGCGUACGAGCACUGCGUCAUGACGUCGGAGGGAGAAGAAAACGGCGCGCCCAGGGCGAGCAUCGUCUUCAAGCGGAGCUUGAAGAGGCGGGCGGCGGCGCCGCGGAAAAAGAAACCGAGCACCGUCGAAGAUCGGGGAGGGAGGGAGCGUCGUAGCGACGGUGGGAGAGGACGCGGCGGGAGAGGACGCGGCGGCCGAGGACGCGGCGGGAGAGGAAGAGGACGUUCAUAG